AUGGACGAGAAAACGUAUAAAAGAUAUAAACGAAGAAUUGAUAAAACUGUAGCUGUGGUCGAUAAUAAACCUCCAAAGUUUGAAGUUAACUGCUAUUAUAAAAAGCGCAAUUUAACUAUCGAUGCGGAUCGAAUCAGAGAGAUAGACAAAGAGAACAUGGAAAUGUUAAAAAGAAUGAGUGUAAUUACUCGUACGAGAGGUGUAGUGGACUGUUGGAUGCCACGUAUUAAAUAUACAUCGGAUUUAGAAGAUCAAGAUACAGUAAAUGACGAAAUUCUAAGAUCAAAUAAAAUUUUAGUAAAAAGAAUUCGCGAGGCUAGUAGCGCAUACUCUACCGCAGAAUUUAUAAAAAGUUGGAAAGAACUGCAAAUGAAAGCAAUGGUUACUAGAAGGUAUCCACAAGAAUUUGAGACGCAAAUUGUUGUAUCUCAGACAAAUAAAGAUCAUUGCAUGGUUAAAGAUUUAUCAUUGAUGAAAGAAUUGAAACCAUCUAUUCGAACUAAAUGCUUUUUCGAAAUUGAAAUCCGCGGCGACAGACAAAAGUUAGGAAUUAUUCAAUUCGAACUUUACGACGAUGUCGUGCCCCAAACCUGUGCAAAUUUCGCGGAAUUAUGUCGUGGAACAGGAAAUGGUUUGUCAUACAAAAAUACACCGUUUCAUCGUAUUGUUACGGGUUAUUGGUGUCAAGGUGGGGACGUUACAAAGUUUAAUGGCAGUGGAGGAGCUUCGGUAUUUGAUACUUCGUUCGAAAAUGAGAAUUAUAAUUUGCUCCAUUUUGGUCCCGGAAUUUUGUCUAUGUGUAACGACGAUGAAAAUAAAAACGAUUCAAAAUUCAAUCUGACAUUUAGACGGCUGGAGACGAUGGAUGGAAAAUGCGUGGUCUUUGGGAAAGUUGUUUCAGGACUUUCGAAUAUUUACAAGAUCGAAGAAUUCGGGACAAAGACUGGAAAACCGAUUAAAACAAUAAUUGUAUCCAACUGUGGUAUUAUAUCGAGAAAACACGAAUGGCAUCCACCAGAACCAAGUAACGACGUGGAAAAUUCAUGA